UUCGGCUCCUCCUUUUAGCGCCGUGACGAGCAACAUCACCAUUUAAUUGCUAAUAGUGUUAUGAAUCCGUUUUUUUUAUUUUCUCGGUCGUCAUUGUCCAACUUGUUUUCUUUGCAGUGGUUUGAGCAAUACGUAAACUCGAUCUUUGGUUCAAUUAAUUGCAUCACCUUGUCAUUGCCCAGGUUGCUAGGUCACUGUCACUGUCGACUCCACCACAAGCUCAGGACAGACCUGAGAGCCCUGAAGCGGGCGGCGUUACCGACAUUGCUACCAGACCAAAACCCCUAAACUGGCGCCGUCCUCAGGCCAUAGGACUGACUCCCUUUCAACGGCUAUCCAACGGGAACGGCGACUGCCGUAUUUGUUUGCUAGAUUGACGUACACUGCAUUAUUGACACAGUCUGUGUGCGAAAAGCGUCAUCGAGUAAUCACAUCCCUCCAAGAUAGACGCGGCACCAAACCACGGCUACAGCGCUUCGGUCGGGCGCCACAGGCGAAAUCGUAAAAAAAAAAAAAAAAAAAAAAAAGAUUAGUCAAAAACCACAUUUUCCGUGUUGUUUUUGCACCAAAAGGCCACGACUCGCUCGAACGAAGCUAUCCCAUCGAUUGCGUCAACCAUGUCAGCCACGCUUGGCGCUAGGGCGCCACCCUUCGAUUCUCCCGCGCCGCUGCACAACGCAAGCGUCCAGCAAGAUUUGGAUGAGCGGUUCCGUCAGGGACAAAGCCCCGCGGGGAUGUCGAGAGCUCUUAGUAGCGCCAGCAGCAAUUACAACACAUCUGCGCAACAUCAAGCCCCCAGCGGAUACUUUCCGAUAUACCCUGAUGAUCAGCAGCAGCUCCAGCAGCAAUAUCAGGAUCCGGUCGACCACACCCAACAAGCACAGCUACAGCACCAGCAGGACCUAUCAUAUCAAGAACAAGACCCGGCUUUGCUCAACACCAAGGCCGACAACGCUGUAGCGGGUCUGUCGCCCUACGACAGCGUCACAUCCCCGUUGCAUCGUGCCCCUAAAUUUACCGAAGAGUGGGACGCCUCGCGGAGGGGGAGUUCCAUCGUAGACGGACACAUGCCUCACGCCAGCAGCACGAUGCAGCGGUCCAACUCGUACGCCGGGUCCUCGGUCGCGGACCGGCCGGAGAGCCAGCAGCUCUCGCGCGGCAACACGCUCAAGAAGAAGGCAUCUCUCAAGCGCGGUGGAAGCCUGAAGCGCAGCGGCAGCCGCAGGAGCAUGAAGGCCGGUAGUGUGCGCAGUCUGGCCCUGCAGUCGAACGGGCCUACAGAGGAUCAAGAGAGCCCAUUCUGGUGCCCUGUCGCGACACAUGGGAACCCUACCGAAGUGCUCGCAAACCGUUUCCAGGCAUGGCGCAAGAUUCUGAAGGACCUCAUUACAUAUUUUCGAGAGAUCCAGAAUCACUAUGAGCACCGUUCGAAAUCCCUGAUUAAACUAGGUAACGUACUCAACAACACAUCGAUGCCGCCAGGAUUUCUUCCCAGCGGCGGCCUCGACGACGCCAUCGAUAUCUUGAAGGGUCACAACAAGAAGGCCAUUGAAGAAGCCAACAGGGCUCGUGAGAUAGAAGAAGACGUUAUUCUGGCGCUCAUCGGCCUGCGAAGUGACCUCCAGCAGAAGAUCAAAGAAAUCAAGAACCUUGCGGGCGACUUCAAGAACACCGUCGACAAGGAGACGGAGGCUACUAGAAAGGCCGUGAAGCAGCUCAACGAGGUCUUGGGCCAGGCCGAGGCCGAUCCGUCGCUUACUACGGGCAAGCAGGAUCCUUACCUGUUACGCCUGGCGGUGGAUCGGCAAAUUGAGAGGCAGAUCGAGGAGGAGAAUUACCUGCAUAGGGCUUAUUUGAACAUUGAGAGAUCUGGGCGCGAUCUCGAGUCGAUCGUCGUUGGUGAGGUUCAAAAGGCGUACAACGCAUACGCCGGAAUCCUGAAAAGGGAGGCCGAGACAGCCCAGGAUGCGGUCGGUGAGUUGCGAGCCGGGCCAAUUUCGAUGCCCAAGGACAACGAGUGGGAGCAUUUUGUAUCCAAAGACGAAAGAUUUGUGAACCCCAACAUGCCACUACGAAGUCCCGAACGAAUCCAUUACCGAGGACAGGAUGCUCUGGCUUGCCAGGAAAUCAGGGCCGGGCUACUUGAGCGCAAGAGCAAGUAUCUGAAGAGCUAUACCGCUGGAUGGUACGUGCUGUCGCCGACGCAUCUUCAUGAGUUCAAGUCGGCCGAUAAGACGCAGGCACCGGUCAUGUCCCUGUUCCUCCCGGAGCAGAAGCUUGGCUCGCACUCGACCGAAGGGGCUUCAUCGAACAAGUUUAUCAUUAAGGGACGGCAGACCGGUUCGAUGCACCGAGGCCAUACUUGGGUCUUCCGAGCUGAGAGUCACGACACGAUGAUGGCAUGGUACAUGGACAUCAAGCUGCUCACCGAGAGCUCGCCCGAGGAGCAGAGCAAUUUCGUACGCAAGCACUCGCGCAGUUACAGCAGAUCAUCGCAGCACUCGGCCAGCAGCGACGGCAUGGUUGAUGAAGAUGACGACGAGCCCUUUGCUCCGGACUCGGCUGCGAUCAGCCGCGGUACUCCGAGUCAGGACGUCCUGCCUAGGCGUCCUUCACCAGGUGGGCGAUUCCCAUCCGACUUGACGAUAAACGCGGAACGGGGCUUACAGGUCCCCCAAUCGCCCGCCAGUGUGAACUCGGGUGUUUUCCAAGUAGGGAACCGCGAAGGUGAUGGCUACGGUUAUCUUGCGGCGAAUGGCGGGAGCGGCAGUUUGAGCCGUAGUGGUAGCCAAAGGAACGGUCAUAGAUUUCCUGCCCCCGUGGCGACCGACAUGGGCCAGUACAAUGAUCGCGACCUAGGAUAUGGCAGUACAGCUCGAAGCCCCAUGAACCAGGUACCUUCGAACGCCGCAAGAGUUGCCCAGGAGGCGCGUGAGGAUGGCGUUAAUCCUUACACUAGUGAGCCGAUUUCCCAGUACGAUAAUGGCUAUGCAGAUCAUGCAAAUGGCCAAACAUAUGGCAUGGUACAAUCAGAUGCUACAGAAAUACCUCGCAGGUCGAGCAAGAGGGAAGCUAGGGGAUUUUCCACCGAUGACCACGAUGGCACAUUCUCGCAGCCAGUUGCCGAGAACUCCGGCGUAGCUGUUCCGACGCACUUGUCUCAAUCCACAGCCGCUGGAGUCUCAUCAGACAGAACAAGUAGCGAACUCGACGGCGAGUCAGCCAUCUCUAGGGGUCGCAGUCCUGCACCGGGCGUGACAGCUACGGGAAAUGGGCAUGCGGGUUUGGGAGAUGACACGAACGGCCGUCCCGUGUCUGGCACGAUGCGGACUGACAGCCAGCCAACCAUCUCGAACCUCCACAUUCCUGGAGAGUAUCCCAAGACUCCUAAGACGAUGUUUCCGUUCCGAUGAACACUGGUGAACGUGGUAUUUUUAGGACAUUUCAAGCUUGCUAGAGCUUUUCUAACCUAUUUCUCUAUCCUCUUGUUUGGUUUAUCCUAUUCCCCAAUACCGUGCCCUCUCUUGAUUUGUUUUCAUUCACAUGUUUCCCCGAAAUCGGGUAUGAAGCGUUCAUUCUCUGCACGUCAUUUUAUCUUUCUUCUACAGCUAGCCCUGCCGGUUAACCGCAGCAAUGAAUCAGAUUGUUUUGGGUGGACAUUCUUGAAGUUUUCCUUUGUUAGGCCGAGAACGUGGAUGCCGUGGUGAGGCAGGCCUUGUUGAGACUGCAGCAUGUUAUUGAUAGUAUACAUCAAUGUUGAAACACUGGUUUCCGCUAUUUUAGUGCAAUAUACUUGUCAAAAAUUUGUCAAAAAGUAGAUCAG